AUGGCAAGGGUAAAACAAGUGACUACCAAACCUCAAAAAUUCAUGGGUGAUGCCAUGAAAGCUGCUGCCAGUUCCGAAAAAGAGAGAGAAGAAGGAACUGAAGUUGAGAACAAUAAUGACGAAACAGAGACAGUAGCAGAACGAGCAAGAAAAAGAAAGGGAAAGGGUAUUGCUGGGUCUGAGCCUUCUGAGAAAAAGAAUAAAAUGGAGAAGGCCCCUGCUUCGAAACCUUUUGUGCAACAAAAUAUUUUCGAGCCAAGGUACAUUAAAUGGGAUUCAUUUUCUGACUUACCUUAUGAAUUUGAAGAAUUAUUUACUUUUCAAGGCUGGAUGGAAUUCUCUGAGUUGAAUGAAUAUUAUUAUCCUUAUUUGAUUCAAGAAUUUUAUGGAAGUAUGAAAGAAGUUGUUAAACGAGAAAGUUUUAGUGUGAGAGUUAAGAAGAAAAGUCAGAUUGUUGAUGUUGAAUUCUUAGCCUCUGUUUUAAACCUACCAAAUGAUGGAAAUAGGAUUGGAACCUUCAAAGAUUCUAGGAAGCUUGAAGGAUAUGAUGAGAAGGCAUUUCAAUUAUCAAUUUUUUCGGAGGGUACACCUGAAAAUGAAAUGACCAACAUCAGUUUAGUGCCUCAAAAUUUUAGGAUUCUACAAUCCUUCAUUCGAAAUUUGCUCAAUCCUAGAAGUGGUAGUCACUCAUAUGCAAAUAGCCUUGAUUUAUGCAUUAUGUGGCACUUGGUUAACAAAAUCAGAUUUAAUUUGCCAUUUUUUAUUUUUAAAGUGAUUGCUAAGUCUAGUAAGCAUAGAAGGUUGCCAUAUGCUAUGCCUUUGACUCUUAUAUUUCAAGCUAUAGGAGUUGAUUUGAGCAAAGAAAAGAAGUUUAGCAAUCCUAUCCCCAUUAAGGAGAUAUUCAAGGCUGAUGAUGGUAGGAAAAGGAGUAAGAAAGAAGACAAAAAGCAAGAAGAAGAGACUGAGAUUGAGAUUGAAUUUGAAUCAGAAUCAAAUUCUGAAACAGAAUCGGACAUCCCACUAAGCAAGUUGAAAGAGAGAAGUUCUAAGAUAGAUGAAGGGGAAAGCUCUAAGAAGAAGGAGAAAAUGAAGCUGAAAAUGUCAGAUUUUGUGAAAAUCAGUAAAGCAAAUCUAGCCAUGAUGAAGGAAAUACAAGAAAUGAGUGGACUGACCUUGAGUAUUUUAGAAAAAUCUCAUGAAUUGCAGAAGGGAAUUAUGGCUGAACACAAUGCAAAGAUGGAUAUGCUUAUUAAUAGAUUGGAUAAACAAGAGUGGUUCAUGAAGAAGAUGGCUCAAAUGCUGUUUGGUGAAUCUUUUGGAAAGUUUGGAGAUUUUAGAAGCUAUCCACAGGAAGCUGCUGAAAAGGUACAAGCAGAAAGUAAGAUAGCUGAGCUUGAAGAAGUAGAGAAAAAUGAUGAGCAGGAAAAAUCUGUAGAAGAGGAAUCAAAAGCAGAACAAGAAUCUGACAACGAGAAAUCAAUAGAAUCCUCCUCAUCUCAUACUAAAAGCAACAACAGCAUUGACAAUGGAAAAAGUGAAGGCAAAAAUGGUUCAAGACAAGAAGAGGAGAAGGAAGAGCAGUCACAUGACCCAUCCUCUGAACAACCAAACACUGUUCCUACUGCCUCUCAACCAGUACCUGAAUCAACCAUCUCUUUACCCAUGCAAUACGGACCUAGAAGAACCAAAACACAAGCCAGAAAAUCAGUUCUACCCAUUCCUCGAAACAUCCAAGUACCCAUACCUGAAAAAGAACCCCCAAAGAAGAAGCAACAAGCCAAACUUGUUGAUCCCACUUACCUUAGGAGAAGUGGCAGAUUUCUUAGCAGCAAAGAAAAAUCUUGA